CACCGGAAGAACACGUUUUUUUGACCUGAUCUGAUGGAUGAUUAUUCAGAGGAGCUAGAGCCGUCUUUGCGCAACGUCAUCGAGCAGCAUUCCUUGAAAUGGGUGUUUGUCGGUGGAAAAGGAGGAGUUGGGAAAACUACGACAAGUUGCUGUCUGGCCACACAGUUAGCCUUGGUUCGUGAGAGUGUUCUGAUCAUUUCAACAGAUCCAGCACAUAACAUAUCUGAUGCCUUCAGUCAAAAGUUUUCAAAAGUACCUUCACUUGUAAAAGGGUUCACUAAUUUGUAUGCCAUGGAAAUAGACCCAAAUCUUGGACUGGCAGAAUUACCAGAUGAGUAUUUUGAACAAGAUGUGAUGAGCAUGGGGAAGUCAGUGGUUUCUGAGCUCCUCAGUGCUUUCCCAGGAAUUGAUGAAGCCAUGAGUUUUGCUGAAGUCAUGAAACUAGUAAAAGGCAUGAACUUCUCUUGCGUGGUUUUUGACACCGCCCCCACUGGUCACACCCUCAGGUUAUUGUCAUUUCCCUCCAUCAUAGAAAAGGGACUAGGGAAAAUCUUAAGACUGAAAAACAAAAUUGGACCAUUUAUAUCCCAGAUGGCUGGAGUUAUGGGAAUGCAAGACGUGAAUGCUGAUAUGAUGUCUACCAAAUUGGAUGACAUGAUGAACACAAUUAAACAAGUUAACGAACAAUUUAAAAAUGCGGACCAAACAACCUUUGUGUGUGUGUGUAUAGCAGAGUUUUUGUCCCUGUAUGAGACAGAGCGCCUUGUUCAGGAACUGACUCAGUAUGGCAUUGACACACAUAAUAUUGUUGUCAAUCAACUUUUGUUUCUAAAACAAGGGGAGGAGCCAUGUAAAUUAUGUAAAGCCAGGCACAGAAUUCAAGCGAAAUAUUUGGACCAGAUUGCAGAUUUAUAUGAAGAUUUUAAUGUCACAAAGCUCCCACUACAGGAAGAGGAAGUCAGAGGUGUAGACAAGAUAAAGGACUUCUCUAAAUACCUGAUACAACCCUACAAACACUGUUAAUAUUUGGUUAUAUCAAUAAAGUUAUUGAUGUUGUUUCUCACACUAUUUAUACAGUAUUUAUGAUUGCUUAUAGUUGUAGAAAAAUGCCAGAAUUUUUAAAUGAUUUACUGACCAAUGCAUAUAGUAAUCGACUCAGUUUGUUGUCAUCUUCCUCAAAGUAACAAUUACUUUAUGGUUAAGAAUACUUAGUGGUAAAGAAUACUAAGUUGUAUUGAGUAAAAGAUUCAUCUAUCAUUGCAAUCUAAUUAAAAUUAGAUGUUAGAAUCUAAAACUCGCUAUUAAAUGUUAGAUCUGCUCGCAUACUUGCUACACUAAUGUUGCGAGUAUGCGAGUGGAUCUAACAUCUAAUUUUCAUUAGAUUGCUAUGAUUAUGGGAUUGACAUUGAAAUGAAAGAGGCAAUUGA